CACCGUCCAGUUCUCUUUAGUGUUUGCCAAUGUUGGAGGUGUUACUGGGGUCUGGCCCGCGACAAAGGAAUAGAGCAUGGCUCAAGUAAAAGUACAGACCUCAGCACCCCUGGCUGGUCCUGGCCUCUCUUCCGGAGUUCCUCCGGCGGCCACGGCCAGCCCAGGUCCCUUGGAUCUGCAGCCCUCUGUCAAUGGCACAGGCUCGUCCCCCACACCCGCCUGCCCCGCUCCUGCAGCUGGAUAUGGGGACGCUCCUGUGCCCGUCACACCACCAGGUUCGCCCGAGGAGAACAUGGCAAACCCUAAAGAGAAAACUCCAAUGUGUUUGGUGAAUGAGUUGGCCUGUUUCAAUAGGAUCCAGCCUCAGUACAAGCUCCUCAAUGAGAGAGGCCCUGCACACGCUAAGAUCUUCACAGUGCAGUUGACUCUUGGGGAGCAGGUCUGGGAGGCAGAGGGCACCAGCAUUAAAAAGGCCCAGCAUUCCACAGCUGCCAAAGCCCUGACUGAGAGUGUCCUUCCCAGGCCAAUGCCCCGCUCACCUAAAGUGGACAUCAACAGCAACCCAGGCAGUAUAACACCUACAGUGGAGCUGAAUGGUCUGGCUAUGAAGAGAGGAGAGCCGGCAAUCUAUAGGCCUUUGGAUCCCAAACCUUUGCCUAACUACAGAGCUUGCUACAACUUCAGAGAGAUGUUUAACCAAAGGUACCAUUGUCCUGUUCCCAAGGUCUUCUUUGUGCAGCUGUCUGUGGGGAGUCACGAGUUCGUCGGAGAGGGACGCACUCGCCAAGCUGCCAGACACAACGCUGCCAUGAAGGCCCUGCAAGCCCUCCGCAAUGAACCGAUCCCUGAAAGGCCGCAACAGGACCCUGAAGGAAAGGUGGAGAGUGAGGAAGGCGCUGACGCCAGCAAAUCAGAGAUCAGCCUGGUUUAUGAAAUUGCCCUGAAGAGGAACUUGACUGUCAACUUUGAGGUGUUAAAGGAGAGCGGACCCCCGCACAUGAAAAGCUUCCUGACCCGUGUCACCGUAGGGGAGUUCUCCGCAGAGGGCGAGGGUAACAGCAAAAAGCUGUCCAAGAAGCGUGCCGCUCUGUCUAUUCUGCAGGACCUGAAGAAGCUUCCCUUCAUUCCGGCUGUGGAGAAACCCAAAACACACUAUAAGAAACGCACCAAGACCAUCCUCAAGACUGGACCUGACUACGGUCAGGGCAUGAACCCUAUCAGCCGCCUGGCCCAGAUCCAACAGGCCAAGAAAGAGAAAGAGCCUGAGUAUUUGUUGCUUUCCGAGAGAGGGAUGCCCCGACGCAGGGAGUUCAUCAUGCAGGUAAAGGUCAACAACGAGGUUGCCACGGGAACAGGGCCGAACAAGAAAGUGGCCAAACGGAAUGCUGCUGAGGCAAUGUUGCUGCAGCUCGGAUACAAAGCUUCUAUCAUCCCUCAAAGUCCCACUGAGAUGGACAACAAAGGCUGGAAUGAACAAAAGGCCUCUUUUACCGAAGCAACGAGUAACACCCCAAAAGGUCUUCUCCAUCUCAGCCCUGACGUCUACCAGGAGAUGGAGGCCAGCAGGAAGCAAGGGGGCAGUGCCCCAGCCCCUAACAGGAGUGGUAGUAGCGGUGUGUCCAUCAACUACAUGGGCUCCAAAGAUGCGAAUCCCUGUGCCGCCCCGCUACCACCAGGACACACUCCUUCAUACUACAGCGCUCCAUCCUCCUCUUCUGGGCCGACAACCACCAUGGCCAGAGAGCUGCUGCUAAACGGUCAGUCGCCGACCGUCGACGCUCCUGCGCCGCCAGUGAAGGGGAAUAGUCCGCCCUUGGCCUGUGGUGGGUCCGUGCAACCUGCGCAGCAGCUGGAGUACCUGGCUCGCAUUCAGGGCUUCCAGGUGCAGUACAGUGAUGCGCAGAAUGGCAAGGACUUUGCGACCUAUCUGACCCUCUCCCCUGUGCAGAUGACUUUCCACGGCACUGGGAGCACCCUACAAGCUAGCCAUGACCAGGCUGCUCUAAGUGCCUUGAAACAGCUGUCGGAGCAGGGACUGGAUCCGGUGGACAGCGCUGUCAAGAGCACAGAAGCCUGCGGGAGGGAAGAAGGACAUUAAACAGACUAACUCAGGCACCGCCACUUCUCAGGUCUGCACGGAUUCAAAGGCUGUCGUCCAGGAGCGGACUCCCUCCUCUCCCUCGUGGGCACACAACCCCCCUAAUCACCCCUUUGCCUGAGCCCAAAGUGUAACUAACCCAGCCCCUACCCUUACCCCAUAGUAGCCACUGUACCCUGCAUCACUUGUAUCAUGCAAUAGGGUUGAUGUGCACCGUAUAAGUCCCCAUUAUCUGAAGUCUAUGUGAAGACAACACUAUCUCCACACAUUAGUGAUGAGUUCAGUCUUGGUUCAUAAAAGAAACAAAACAACAAGCAUAUGAUCUGCAUGGUACUGUAUGAAAUGAAGGGAAGUCCAACGUGAUUGUUGCCUCCGGAUCAAUAUUCGUCGGUAUGGUUAAAUCAAAUAUGUACAUCAUGCCAUUAUAAUACGAGAAAACAUUUUAGAAGAGGGAAACCAACUUGUAUCUUAUUUGUUUUGAGGGGUAUUCCGUUCAUUUUAGUCUUUUGUUUUAUUAAUCUAACAAUGCUUGAGUACUGUAUUUAAAAUUAACCAAUGCCAGUGCUGUGAAAGUUCUAGUUGUUGUCUUCAUAUAUAGUCACCCAGCUUACCUUGUAUGCUGAUUUACUGUAAGAAAAAAAAAAGAGUUCAUCUAUAUCUAUAUGGAUGUGUAUGACUUUAUUCCCAAAAUUAACACACAAUAAUCUUUUUUUUUGGUUUAUAUGGACAGAAGGUGAAAUGUGUUAGCAGUAGAAAGUUGGGCUGUCCUGUUUUGUGUCCUCACACUGGCAGGGCUUGACUGACAGUGGCAGCGAGGGGGCGGGGCCACUCCAUGUUAGUUAUUCUCUGUAGGUGGACCCCCUCCCCACUUUGUCACAUCUACACUCAUUGUGCGUGUCAUAUUGACCGAUUGUAACAUCAACUGGGUGCUUGUAAUGCCUGCGUUGGUAUGAGUGGCAUUUUUGGGGGGCGGGGGAGAAUCUGUCGCUUCCCUCAAGGAAGAAAAAAAAAAGAGUUCACCGAGCGACGUUGAGGAUGGUGUUCUGUAAAAGGCUUUUUUUUUUUUUUUUU